CUUCCCAAUCUUCCAGAGUCCUCUUGCGGAUGAAGAAAUCUGUAAAAUUUCAAGAUUGCUUGCGGGGGAAGAAAUCUAUGGAUUUGUUGUCUUCAGUGGUUUCAAUUUAGCAGUUGGGUUGGUCCCAACUCCCAAAGUUUGGAGAGGUGUUAUUUGGAUGGAAAACGGUGCUGUUUGUUUAACAGUGUCAAUAAUGGAAUCGAAGCGAGUUCGUGAAUGUGUUGUCGAUGGCACUGAACAAGAGCUGUUGCCGUACAAGAAGCAGGCAGUGGAAGUUUCAAAUAGUGAGUUGAUUUCAGAUGUUUCAGAUGCAAAUGUUCCUACAGAUGAAAAUGGUUCCAUCUGUCAGACUGUUUCAAGCCAACAACCUGAUCAGUUAUCGAGAUCUGAGAUAAUUAGCAUGAGCUCUCCUGGCUGUGGUGAUAUUCCAUCAGUUAGUACGGGGAAUUCCAGUACAGAGAGUACAGAUAACAAGGAAAAUUGCGGAAAUGAUUGUUCCACGGCGUUAUCUACAUCUCAACCAAUAACAGGAAUCAGAAAACUAAAAAUAAAAUUCAGUAAGACAAAUGGUGUUUCCAUAUCAACAGGUAUGACUGUAGGUAAUGGAAGUGGCAGUGGCCCAUCUUAUGAUGGCUUUCAUGCGGAACCUAAGAUAGGAAUCACUGGAACCGACAAAAUGAAGGGAAAUGAACCAGUUGAUUCGAGUGUGGCUAUGCUUGGGGAUGCUCCUCGGUUGGACAUAGGCACACAAAGCACUCACCAAUGCCAUCUCAAGGAAAAGUUGGAGCUAAAAAUGUCUAAGAAGGUAGUUCCAAAUGAAUGUGCUUCGACUGUCAAGCGGUUGUUCUCCACUGGUCUGCUCGAAGGAGUUCAUGUGAAGUAUAUUUCCUGGGCACAAAAGAAGGAUCUUCAAGGAAUCAUAAAAGAAUGUGGUUAUUUGUGCGGCUGUCCUUCAUGUAAAUUUUCUAAAGUUCUCAAUGCAUUUGAGUUUGAGAAGCAUGCUGGUUGCUGUACAAAACACCCAAAUAAUCACAUAUUCUUGGAGAACGGAAAAUCAGUUUAUGUUAUAGUUCAGGAGCUAAGGAGUACACCGCUCAACUUGUUGGAGGAAGUGAUUAAAACUGUGAUUGGUGGACCAGCCAAUGAGAAGCACCAACAGGUUUGGAAAGAAUCGUUUCAAUCAACAAGCUGUGAAGUUAAGGAAAAUAAUGGAAUUGGUGAGACAACCCAGCAAUCCCAACCACAGCUUGAGAAUGACCCUCAUUCAAUUGAAAGCUCCCUUAACCAAGCAGUUGAAGAUAGCGUUGGCCCUGCUUCAAGUUCUCCCCCACAAACCUUGCCUGUAAAACUGAAGAGUUCCUCUAAGAAAAAGAAAUCAAUUGAGCCGAUGCGGUUGACGAGGAGGUCACGAACUCCAGAUCUGUUUCGUGAUCCCAAACCUAUUAUUUCUAAUGAUCCUAUCAUGCAAGCGAAGAAUAAUACUCAAGGCGGGGUGAGAAAAAGGGAUAAUGAUUUGCACCGAUUGCUUUUCAUGCCCAAUGGACUUCCAGAUGGAACUGAGUUGGCCUACUUUUCCAAGGGACAGAGACUGCUUGAGGGCUAUAAGCAGGGAAAUGGUAUAGUCUGUAGUUGCUGUGACACUGAGAUUAGCCCCUCACAGUUUGAAGCCCAUGCAGGAUGGGCUACAAAGCGGCAACCCUAUCGUCACAUCUAUACUUCCAAUGGCCUGUCACUUCAUGAUCUAUCAAUUUCCUUGUCAAAUGGUCAAAAUCUUGCCACUGGGGACAGUGAUGAUAUGUGUACAGUGUGUGGAGAUGGAGGGGAACUGUUCCUGUGUGACGGAUGCCCUAGGGCCUUUCAUACAGUUUGUUUGGAAUUACAGAGUGUCCCUGAAGGUGAUUGGCACUGCCCAUAUUGCAAAGAUAAUUGUGUGCCUGGAAGAAAGACAGCUUCCAGUGAAACCUCCCCAAGUGCUACAGGACCAAUUUACAUACGAUUGAAACGCGUUGUUAAAGCUCCGACAACUGAAAUUGGUGGCUGUGUUGUUUGCAGGGGUCAUGAUUUCAGUCUUUCAAAGUUUGAUGAACGGACGGUUCUGCUCUGUGACCAAUGUGAAAAGGAAUUCCAUGUUGGUUGUCUAAAGGAUCGUGGCUUAUGUGAUUUAAAAGAACUGCCAAAGGGCAAGUGGUUUUGUUGUGUGAACUGCGAUAGGAUUCAUGCUUCUUUGGAGAGUUCAAUUGUUAAUGGGCCAGAGAUGGUUCCACCUUCACUUUCAAGUGUAAUAAACAAGAAGCUUGGUGACAAAGAUUCCACUAAUGAAGCUGUGGGUGACGUGCGUUGGCAACUUCUAAGUGGGAAAAUUGGAUCAUCGGAAAAUAAGGCAUUGCUCUCAAAGGCUGCUGCAAUUUUUCGGGAUUGUUUCGAUCCUAUAGUCGAAAAAGCAGGUCAUGAUCUGAUCCCUGCUAUGGUCUACGGAAGAAAUGUAGCGGGUCAAGAAUUUGGUGGGAUGUAUUGUGCAAUUUUAACUGUAAAUUCAGAUGUUGUAUCGGCUGGAAUCCUUAGAAUAUUUGGUCAGGAUGUUGCUGAACUUCCUUUGGUCGCUACAAGUAAAGAAAGCCAAGGAAAGGGCUAUUUUCAAGUGUUAUUUGCAUGCAUUGAGAGGUUAUUGGGGUGCUUGAACGUGGAAAAUAUCAUACUUCCUGCUGCUGAGGAAGCCGAAUCAAUCUGGACAAAUAAAUUUGGCUUCAAAAAGAUGACCGAUGAGCAGUUGCAGAAGUAUAGGAGAGACAUACAGAUAAUGGUGUUCCAUGGGACUUCGAUGCUGGAGAAAACGGUGGCUCAGGUUCAACCCUAAAAGCUGCAGAAUGUAUUGAUCUUUGUCAUGUGUUUGUUAUAAAUAACUGUAAGAAAUGGAUGGCUCUAUUCUUGCUAUUCUUCUGCAUCUUUGCUGCUAAUUUUGCUCACAUGUAGGCAGCAAAUUUGUUCAAUUCUGUAUCUUUGGUAAUCUUUGUAGAGAAAUUAUAGAAAUGCAGAAAAGGAGGAGCCUGCAAUUAGAGGAUGUAGUUAUUAAGCAUGUGAGAGCAUGUGUGAACAUUGCCCACAUGCAUGCAUGCCUUUUUUUUUUGUUGUGAACAUUUACCCACAUGCAUGCAAUGCUGUAACUGUGCAGACUGGAGCUGUAUUACUUUCCCUGUUUAAUGAAAUGAUUAUAUGCAGCAACUACUUUUUCCU